UUCUAAAAUGUUUGUCUUGACAGGAAAACAAGCAACGUGUUUAUAUAUUUCAAACUUACACACAUGCAAUGGACUUUUCUAAAUUUUCCGAUGAUAACUUUGAUAUGAAGGAAUGGAUUAAUAAUGCAUUAAGAAGGCACAGUGACAGUACAACUUCUGUAGAUGUUCAUACUUCAAAUCUUGUUAUGAAAUUGCAACUAUUCAUUCAAGAAGUGAGCAAGUCACUAGAAGAAACAAGUCAAGUGGCUCUGAAUAAUAUUCCAAGAGUGCUUCGUGAAGUUGAAUCUAUCAAAACAGAAACAUCAUUGCUGAAAAAUCAGAUGAUGAUGGUUAAGGAUGAUAUCAGAAAAGUUGAAGAAGAUACAGCUCAAUCAAUGAGAAGGCUAGUUGAGAUUGAUGAAGUAAAGUCUCGUAUGCAAGGUGCAUCCAAUGCUUUAAAGGAAGCUGAUAAUUGGUCAACACUGUCUUCAGAAGUUGAUGAAUAUUUUGAAGAAGGAGAUAUAAGCCAAAUUGCUGAUAAACUUAUCGGUAUGCAGAAAAGCUUGCAAGUUCUUCAAGAUGUUCCAGAUUAUUCUGAAAGGUCCAGAAUGUUGGAAAACCUAAAGAAUCGUCUUGAAGCAUUGUUAAGCACUAAACUAGUAAAGACUUUUAACAAUCAUGAUUUAGAUGAUGCAAAAUAUUAUGUGAAUAUCUUUUCCGAACUUGAUAGACUUUCUCAGUUACAAACAUAUUACAAUAACUGCCAUAAGUCCUCUUUGAUGAGAACAUGGAGCGAAAUCAGAGAUGAUCCAAACCAAUCCAUUCUUUCUUGGUUGCCAACAUUCUUUGAUCAUCUUUUAGCAUUGUGGCAUAGAGAGAUCACUUGGUGUGGUCAGGUUUUUCCUGAACCUGUGCGAGCAUUGUGUUCUUUGUUGGCGCAAACUAUCAAAAGUUUACACCCGUCCAUGCAAAAUUGUAUAAAAGACUCUCUGAAUGAAGAAGAAAACUCAUUGCAACUACUUAUUCAAUUGCAAGUUAUUACACAAAGAUUUGUGCAGGGAUUGGAAAAGGCAGUGGAAAUGUUUCAAGCUACACCUAACAAAUUCAAUGAUGCAUUGUGUGAAUUGAUAGAUGUUGUCCAAUCUCCAUACUCUUCUUAUUUACUGCAAUACUCAACCUUGCAGCAAACUACUUUGAUGGAGGUGCUUGAUUCUUUGACCAUGAAUACUAAAGAUUUAGCAGAUACUGCUGAAAGUAUGUUGGACUCGAUAAGUCAAGCAUUUCGAGCUAGUGGUGAGGCUUUGGAAUCAUGUGUAAAAUUUACUAAUGGAUACGGUUCAGCUGGUUUAAUGGAAGCUUUACAGAUUUUUUUCUCCGCCUACUUUGGUCGUCUGGACUGUGUAUUAGUUGAUCUGAGGAAGCACUGUCACUUGGAUGACGACUCACACCAUGCUGACGAUGACAGUUCCAACCAGUGGUCAAACUUUCAACAUGCUUUCAAAAUUAUAGAGAUAUGCGGAGUUCUCAUGACAAAAAUGGAGGAGUUUCGAAUAAAACUAUCUACUGAGCUUCAAAAAGAGUUAACGAACAUCUUUCAAGAAUCACACUCACAGAGUAGAUACAAUGAGAACUAUCUGAAAGCAUCUAGACCUAUGGAGUGGGACAAAGUUGUCGAACUGCAUGAAAAAUUCAUUUCGAAUGGCGUCGAAGCUGUUCUUCCUUUAACACGAGACAAUAUCGCAAAAUUGAAUGAACAUGCACUCAAAUUUGCGUUUGAUGUGAUUUUUAUUCAUUUGAGAAGGCAGUUACUAGCUGUUCCAAAUUUGCCUAUUUGGUGCGAGAGUGAACGAGAAGCCGUGGAUGGCGAGCUACCGACAUUCAGUUUGUCACCCUUACCCUACAUCACACAUGUUGGUGAUUCCCUUCUUACACUACCUCAACAAUUAGAGCAGUAUUUUAGUCAAGAUAACGAGUCAUUGAUCAUUGCGUUGAAAGCGGGGCGAAUACCUUACCAAGAUGCUGGAAAUUCGACAGGUGCUCAUUAUGAUCAUCAUUGGUUGGAGAGCUUUGCUUUCGGUGCCGUAAACGUGUACACAGAAAGUAUUUUGAAAAUUAAACUUCUCACGGGGCAUUCUCGUCGACAAUUGAGUGCUGAUAUAGAUUACUUUUUCAACAUACUAGCAGCUUUAGAAAUUCAACCAAGUGACGAGCUCAAGACUAUUGAGGAAUUGUUAGAAGUAGAUGCAAAGAGUUUACAGGAAAAAGCGACGGAACCAUCUUCAGAUCAGAACCUUGUUAAAACCAUCUUGAAAAUACGGAAUAUUCCGCUGUAAUAGUUGCAAAAGUGUUUACAUGGAAUCAUUAUGUUAGCACGGUAUUGUAACGCAUUCAUCCCGUCGCAAAAAACAGCCGGAUGUGUAAUCUAUGGAACAAUAGUCAAAAUAGAUAGACCCGAGCAAUGUCGACCUUGGACUUUAUUUUUGUAGAACUCGACAAAAUUAGCCAUAUUGUGAAGACAUGAUGGCAUAAAAGUACAUGUUCGAAAAUCAAUCUUUUCGAGUAUCCUGUCGAUAUACAGAUCUAAUUUUACGGAGUGACAUGAUUUAGGUUUCGUUUUUGAAAGUUAAAAUGUUUUGUAAAGUUAAACCUAAAACGUUCAGUCAGACGCUUUACUCACCUGGUAAUCGGUUUUUUGGUGUAGCUUUUGCAGGUGCAUUUCCUAAAUAAACUGAAAAAGGAGAUGCUUGUACAAUCUAAAUAAUCAAAAUUUGGGCCAAAUUGUCGAUUCCCUAAAAUUAAGUAUGCUGAUAUGCUUUUUUUUCCUUUUAAAUUAGUUCUAUACUUUUCUUUAAUCACUUUUUGAAAUAAAAAAUAACCAGUGCAUGUAUUAGGAAAGCUUUGAUUGUAAGCAACUGCUCAUUUCCUCCUAAAAAAAAACAGUUUUGUAUGUUUUUUUUUUUACUUUUUUUAAAUUUUGACCUCACCAAAAAAAACAUGAAAAUUUAAAAAAUUAAUUGGCAGACUCAUCCUCUGGGUUGAACAUUUGGGUUAAUGUACAGAGCAGCAGGAGAAGACUUCGGCUAUUGUUUGUUCUUAUUUGUGUGUGCAUAAGUCAACUUAUAUAAAUACACCUUUUUUAAAUAAAAACUGGACGUUUUAGUGGGAGGCGCUACACUUUAUUUUUUUGGCGUAUGAGCAAUUUUAACUUUUGGAUAUUAUUUAUUAAUAAAAAAAUAUUUAUAGA